UGCAAUAAGGUUAAUAAAAAUUAUCUAAAUUUUCUAAUCUAUUUUUACACUCAAGCUAUUUAUAUAUCAUAAAUAUAAAGAAAUAUUGCAAAAUGGAAUAUGUUGAAAAUUUUGACACAGCAACACAAAGUAAAACAGUAAUUUUGUGCUGCGAAUGUGGUGCCCAAAUUGAACCGAACCCUGCUAACAUGUGUGUAGCAUGUUUGCGUACAAAAGUUGAUAUUACCGAAGGUAUACCUAAACAGGUAACACUUCUAUUUUGCAAAGGAUGUGAAAGAUAUUUACAGCCACCUAUGGAAUGGAUACAUGCAGCUUUAGAAUCUAGAGAAUUAUUAGCAUUAUGUUUAAAAAAAUUAAAAGGAUUAAAUCGUGUAAAGUUGAUAGAUGCUGGUUUCGUUUGGACAGAACCUCAUUCAAAAAGAUUAAAGGUUAAAUUAACAGUACAUGCAGAAGUAAUAGGAGGAACUGUUUUACAACAAAUAUUUGUUGUUGAAUAUAUUGUGAAUCAUCAAAUGUGUGAUGAUUGUCAUCGUACGGAAGCAAAAGAUUAUUGGCGUGCAUCUGUACAAAUUAGACAGAAGGGUAUAAAUAAGAAGACAUUUUUUUACUUAGAACAGCUCAUUUUAAAACAUAGAGCUCAUGAGCAAACUUUGGGUAUAAAACCUAUUCAUGAAGGAUUAGAUUUUUUCUAUGCUAACGAAGCAGCAGCUAGGAAAAUGGUUGAUUUUUUGGUAACUGUUAUACCUUGUCGUUAUCAACAUUCCAAAAAAUUAAUUUCACAUGAUAUACAUAGCAAUAUUUAUAAUUAUAAAUUUACCUACAGUGUGGAAAUUGUUCCAAUUUCCAAAGAUAGCAUAGUAUGUUUACCAAAAAAGUUAAUGCAUCAAUUAGGAGGAUUGAGUUCUAUUUGUCUUGUCCAUAGAAUAACAAAUUCUAUACAUCUUAUAGAUGUUUCAUCUGGACAAAUUGCAGAAGUAAGUGCUACUAUAUUUUGGAGAUAUCCUUUUAACAGUAUUUGCAAUCCAAAGCAAUUGAUUGAGUAUAUAGUAAUGGAUAUAGAACCUGUGAAAGAUAAACAUAAGAAAAUUUUUCCAGGUCAAGGAAGUAUUUCAACAAAGCAUGUUAUAUCCGAUGUCUGGUUAGUCAAAGCUGCAGAACUAGGAAUAGUUGAUAGUCCAGUUCAUACUCGCACACAUUUAGGUCAUGUACUUAAGCCAGGAGAUUCAGCACUCGGAUAUGCCCUUGGUAAUAGCAACAUUAAUGAUGAUAAUUUUGAUAAAUUAGAUAGCGAUACAAUACCUGAUAUCAUCUUAGUUAAGAAAUUUUAUGGAGUUGAUAAAGCUGCACGUCGUAGAGCCAGAUUAUGGAAAUUGAAACACAUUGCUGAUGAUAUUGUUAGCAUGAGUACAGACAAUAAUGCGUAUAACGAUUUCUUGGAUGAAUUAGAGGAAGAUCCUGAAAUGCGACAAAAUAUUAAUAUCUUUAGAGAUUCUAAAAAACAUAUUCCUAUUGAUACUAAUGAAAUCGAUCCGAACAUUCCACAAAUUACACUUGAGGAAAUGCUCGAUGACCUUGUGAUUGAUGAUGAUAAUAGAAUAUGUCAGGUUUUAGAAUAAAAUAAUAAAAUUGUAUUGUUUUAUGUUUUUUUUUUCUUUUAUUUAUAAUAAACUAAUGUCGAUCUAAAAUUUGGUAAAAAAUUUUUAGAUGUAAAAUUGGGCAAUUGUAGCGAAUUAUUUCGACAUGUUAAUUUAAUUUCAAUAUAAGUGGAAAGAUUAAACUCAAGUACUCUUUUUGAUUGUAUUUAAAAAAACAACUUAUCAAAUAUCUACUUGUGAAAUAUGCCACGUAUAAGAUCAUGUUACAAAAGGGUAGGGAUGAUAAGUUAAUACCAGAUUAUUUGAUGAACCAUUUCUGUCUUUAUACGAAUAAUUGUAACACUCUCUUAAAUUAAACUGUUUAAAAUAGAUCAAUAUGCGAUUUAA